UGGCUAAAACAAUAUGAUGAGAAGAGAACAGGAAAGCCAUCGACAUCAGGAUCAGCAAUCCAGGGUAUUCUACGAGCUGUCGAUUUUGGUUAUGAAUCUUAUACGGUCGCCGCCGGUUCCUUUCACCGAUCAAUCUUCGGUGUCGGAGAGGAGGUCUAAUAUUCUAGAUGUAUCGACGAUAUCUCCGGCGGGAUUCGUUUGGCUGAUGCUGGUCAUAUCGGUUGCGAUGAUGCUGUGUGGAUCGGUCACUUUCUUUAUAGGGUUCAUGUUGAUGCCUUGGGUUGUUGGUUUGUUAAUGGUGUUUUACGUUGCUGGGAUUGUUUCCGUCAUUUCCCUGUUGGGUCGUUCUAUUGUUCGCAUCGCCUUGGCCCCUCUUUCACCUCGAAAACAUAUUCCUGCAUGGUAGAUUGUUUGUGAAGAGAAAAGGUGGUGGGGAGGCCUUUGAUAGAUUAAGAAUCGAGCAGCACAUUUGGGUUCUAGCAAGUGAUGCCAUACAGGGUUGGGGGCGGAUGAAUUUACCAGGCUACUUCGGGUACCGAAACUGGAAAAUUCAGACGGCUCUUGAUUUGGGAUGUUAGCUGAACUAGGUGAAUAUUUUUAUUUUUUUUGAAAGAUGAACCAGG